GGCUCCUUGUAAGGAGACUAGUUAGACUAUUAUACUGGUCUGGGUAAGAUGAUGGUGGCUUGAUCUAAGAUAGUAGCAGUGGAACUGGGAGGUUUGAAUCUCUAGAUUUUGGUGACUUGAUGGAUUUGUUGGAGGGUGAGAGAGUGAGUAGACAUGGAUGAUUUCCCAGGAUUGGUGCUCUUGUAGCUGUUUGGAUGAUUAUACUGUUUACUGAUGUUAGGAAUAUGCCUGGAAGAGUAGAUGGUGGUUUUUUUGUUUGUUUGGUUUUUGAGAGGGGGAGUAGGUAUGAUAUUAGUUUUAAGCAUGUUGUAUUUGAGGCCCUUGCAACAAACUACCUUCUACCCCUAAACACACACACACACACACACACGCACACACACACAGAUAUACUCAUGUUUUAAUCCUUUCCAUAGCCUUUUCCUGAUCCUCCAAUUAUGUAUCCUUCCGAUAAGAAACUUAUCCAUUAUUUCUUGUCUUAACACUUAACGCAUUUUAUUACUGGUUAUUUAAUGACCUGUCUUUGUCUUUUUUACUAGACCAUGUGUUGACAAACUUUUUCUUAAAAGGACGCAUAGUACAAGUUUUAGGUUUGGGGGCCAAGAGGCAAAAUCAAGGAUUUUAUGUAGGUGCUUAUAUCAUUUAAAAUGUAACCACUUAAAAAUGUAAAAACUAUUCCUCCCUUUCAGGUCCUAGAAAAAGAGACAGCCCCCUAGAUUUGGCCCGCAACCUUUAGUUUGCCGACUGAUGUACUAGACUGUCAAUUUGUCAUCUGAAUGCACUCAGUAAAUUUUUGUUCAGUGGAUGGACUUACAGAUUUGGAACUUAGACAAUGCGAAGACACAGAAAUGAAGUGACAGUUGAACUACGGAAGAACAAAAGAGAUGAACACUUAUUGAAAAAGAGAAAUGUUCCCCAAGAAGAAAGUUUAGAAGAUUCAGAUGUUGAUGCUGAUUUUAAAGCACAAAACGUAACACUAGAAGCUAUAUUGCAGAAUGCCACAAGUGAUAACCCAGUGGUCCAGUUGAGUGCUGUCCAGGCUGCAAGAAAGCUAUUAUCCAGUGACAGAAACCCACCAAUUGAUGACCUAAUAAAAUCUGGGAUCUUACCAAUUCUAGUCAAAUGUCUAGAAAGGGACGAUAAUCCUUCAUUACAGUUUGAAGCUGCCUGGGCACUAACUAACAUAGCGUCAGGAACAUCUGCACAGACUCAAGCUGUUGUACAGUCUAAUGCAGUACCUCUUUUUCUGAGACUUCUCCAUUCACCACAUCAGAAUGUUUGUGAACAAGCAGUAUGGGCUUUGGGAAACAUUAUAGGUGAUGGUCCUCAAUGUAGAGAUUAUGUCAUAUCACUGGGAGUUGUCAAACCUCUUCUGUCCUUCAUCAAUCCCUCCAUUCCCAUCACCUUCCUUCGGAACGUCACAUGGGUCAUUGUCAAUCUCUGCAGGAAUAAGGACCCCCCACCGCCUAUGGAAACAGUUCAGGAGAUUUUGCCGGCAUUAUGUGUGCUCAUAUACCAUACGGACAUAAAUAUUCUUGUAGAUACCGUUUGGGCCCUGUCAUACCUGACCGAUGGAGGUAAUGAGCAGAUACAGAUGGUUAUUGAUUCAGGGGUUGUGCCAUUUCUUGUGCCCCUUCUCAGCCACCAGGAAGUGAAAGUUCAAACAGCAGCACUCAGAGCAGUUGGCAACAUAGUGACCGGCACUGACGAGCAGACCCAGGUUGUUCUCAACUGUGAUGUCCUGUCCCACUUCCCAAAUCUGUUAUCACACCCAAAAGAGAAGAUAAAUAAGGAAGCAGUUUGGUUCCUUUCCAACAUAACAGCAGGCAACCAGCAGCAGGUUCAAGCUGUAAUAGAUGCUGGAUUAAUCCCUAUGAUUAUUCAUCAGCUUGCUAAGGGGGACUUUGGAACACAAAAAGAAGCUGCUUGGGCAAUUAGCAACUUAACAAUAAGUGGCAGAAAAGAUCAAGUUGAGUACCUUGUACAACAGAAUGUAAUACCACCAUUCUGUAAUUUACUGUCAGUAAAAGAUUCUCAAGUUGUUCAGGUGGUUCUGGAUGGUCUGAAAAACAUUCUGAUAAUGGCUGGUGACGAAGCAAGCACAAUAGCUGAAAUAAUAGAAGAAUGUGGAGGUUUGGAAAAAAUUGAAGUUUUACAGCAACAUGAAAAUGAAGACAUUUAUAAAUUAGCAUUUGAAAUCAUAGAUCAGUAUUUCUCUGGUGAUGAUAUCGAUGAAGACCCUAGCCUCAUUCCUGAAGCCACACAAGGAGGUACUUACAAUUUUGACCCAACAGCCAACCUUCAAACAAAAGAAUUUAAUUUUUAAGUUCAACUGAGUGCAACGUCUUUUCCCACAUUCAGUACGAAGCACCACCAGAUGGCUACCAAAAUAACAAGAACUAACAACAACAAAGGCUCCAAAACACACAUGCCUCUUCGUUUUGAUGCUUCUAAAGCAAGCCAUGUCUCAGUCACUUUGCA